AUGGCUCCUAAACUGUUGAUCACCGGUGCCACAGGCUAUAUAGGCGGCGAUUUCCUCUAUCUAGUCUCUCAGGAGCACCCAGACUGGGAAAUAAGCUGCCUUGUUCGAAACAGUGACAAGGGCGCCAAAGUUGCCGCAGCAUAUCCCAAAGUGCGGCUCGUCUACGGCGAUCUGGACGCUACAGAGAUCAUCGAGGCGGCCGCUGCCAAUGCCGAUAUUGUCUACCACUUUGCACACGCUGACCACGAGCCAUCUGCCCGUGCUAUUGCUAAAGGCCUUGCUCGUCGAGAGGGCGAUGGGCCUGGCUAUUGGAUUCACACUUCAGGUGCAGGGAUUCUAGGCGUUGAAACCAUUCAGCUGGCGGACUACGGCAAUCUAUUGGAGAAGGUCUAUGACGAUUGGGACAAAAUUCAGGAACUUAAGUCUCUUCCAGACGAGGCUCCUCAUCGCAAUGUCGACAAAAUAGUGUUGGCGUCCUACUCUGACAAGGUCAAGACUGCCAUUGUCUCCCCUUCUACCAUCUACGGACCUGGCAGAGGGCCGGACAAUACCCGUUCGGUGCAAGUUCCCGGAGCAGUUGAAGCAUUCUUGAAACACAAGAAAGCAUUCAAAGUGGGGAAGGGUCAUAAUGUAUGGCACUAUGUCCACAUCAACGACUUGUCAAAGCUCUACCUCUUGCUUGGUGAAGCUGCAGUGAAUGGAGGGCCUCCAGCCACCUGGAACGAGGAAGGAUAUUAUUUGGCAGAGAACGGAGAAUUCGUCUGGGGCGACUUGAUCCAGGAGCUGGCGGAUGCCGCGCACAAGAAGGGUGUCCUGCCAGACUCCGAGGUGGAAAGCCUGACCCCGGAUGAGACGGGAAGAUUGCUCCCAUUCGGCCCGGUCUCAAUCGGCACUAACUCGAGAGGUAUAUCCAUUCGUGCCAAGAAGCUAUUAGGAUGGAAGCCUACGAUGCCGAGCAUUCAUGACGAAGUGGCUAAUGCUGUGGAGAUUGAGGCUCGUCGCCUCGGGCUCAUCAAAGGCCACGCAGAGCUUGUGCAGGAAUGA